AUGCUGCGACGGCCUCCUGGCGAGGGACGGCAUGUCGUCCAGCAACCAAACAACAGGAAGUUCUACUGGGUCCUCGCUGCUCUGCUGCUGCCCGUGCUCCCUCUCGUCGAGGCUGUCGAUUACCGCUCCGUCGACCACCAGCCACAACCCCCGGCUCUUGCCUCGCCGUCGCUAGCUGCGUCCCGGGCUGCCGAUCCUCACCAUCAUCAUCACCAACCCGAGCAACAUGGCAAACCCGCCAGGCCCAGGGCCCAGCCCCGCCACGAGUCUCCCCUCGAGGGAGACAGUGUCAUCCGCAAUCUUGCUGCGACUGCGCUGACACAACACGACCUCGACACCCCGCAUGCUUCCUCGCGCAGGAAGAGGACCAACACACAAUCCGUCAAGGAAGAACACCCACCCCAAUACAGACAACAACAAAACCUUCAAACCUACGAUGCGAGCGCUAUCUCCGCUGCGGCUCCGGACAUCCCCGAGGGGCGGUCCGUCCGAGCCCCUUCACCGUUGACCCCCGACAGGUCGAUUGAUGAUUGGGAAGUGGAAGAUUUUGUUCUUUUGGCGACCAUCGAUGGAGACCUUUACGCCAGCGACCGGAGAACAGGCAAGGAGCGCUGGCACAUCUCGCUCGGCCAGUCCAUGGUCGAGACAAAACAUCACCGCCAGGUCAAGUCACCUGCCGAUGGCGACUCCAAUACCAUCUGGGACCAGAGCGUCUGGGCCAUCGAGCCCACCGGCGACGGCGAGAUCUACAUGUACGCCCCGGGCAAGACCGAGGGCGUCAUGUCCACCGGCUUGACAAUGAAGGAUCUCGUGGAGAAAAUGUCGCCAUACGAGAACAAGGAGUACGGCCUUGUCUACACGGGCAAGAAGGAGACCAACAUCCUGGCCCUGGACGCUGCCACUGGCCGUGCCAUUCGGUGGUUUGGGCCGACGGCAUCCACUGCCGAGGACUACGACAGCUGCCCCCGGCCUCUAGACCCCGUUGCCAGCAUGGACUCUGAGGAGUGCCACGGCGGUACCAUCACCCUAGGGCGGACCGAGUACACGGUUGGCAUCUCCAAUCCACGCGGGUACCCCGUCGCCACGCUCAAGUACUCCGAGUGGAGCCCCAACAUCAAGGACGAGGACCUAAUGCGGCAAUACUCCACCACAAUGGACAAGCUAUACAUCACUAGCCGCCAUGACGGCCGGGUCUAUGGAUUCGACUUUGACCGGGACGCCGAGCGCCGUCAGUCGUUUGUCGAGCAUUUCCCUACCCCAAUCGCCAGGGCCUUCGACGUCGUUCGUCCGGCUCGCAGCUACAAUCCGUACGAGGAGGACGACAAGAACACUGAGCUCAUUGCGCUACCACAGCCUGCGCUCCCGGCCAAAGACGAGCACGAGGCUCUGGUGCGGAGCGGUGCUAUUUUCCUCGACCAGAUUGCCGGCAACUGCACUGUCAUCGAAAGGGUCAAGAAGCUCCCUCAGGAAGCAGCCAAUAGUGCCAUCGAAGCUUUCACCAACCCCUUUGUCGCACUCCUUUUCAUGACGGCUCUAUUUGUGUAUCGCCAUGAGAUUAUCCGCCGUGUCAAGGGAGUCCCGAAGCAAUCUGUCCGGUGGACGAAGGGUGUUCUCAAGCAGCAAGGCUUCAAUGUUGACCUGGACGAGGACUCUUCGGACGAGACACCAGAGACUCAACUGGCGGAUAGUGAUCAAGGGAUCGAGAGGCUUGCACCCGAACAGGUCGCACCAGCAAGGGAGGUGCUCAAUCUCGGGCAUGAAACGCCACCGGACCCAGCCACUCCAAGGGCCCUCAUCGAGAUCAAUGCGCCCAUUCAGAUACAGGGUGACGUACCGGCGGACACAGCGCAGCCCCCUCCUGAGGUGAAGAAGAAGAAGGCUCACCGAGGCCGGCGUGGUGGGAAACAACACCGCAAGAAUAAGAAGGGGGACAACGGUUCGGCUGAUGAUGAGGCCCUCAACGACGUGGAGGAGGCAGUCAACAUGGCUAAGAAGCUGGGCGAGACGGCCCGAGGCCCCGAGCCCGAUAUCCAGACGGUACCUGACGACGUCGGAAACGUGUCCGUCCCGAUCCUGAAGAUCGACGACAGUCUUGAGGUCAUCCAAGAGCAGCAGCUGGGCACGGGAAGCAACGGUACCAUCGUCUUCGCCGGCAAGUGGCAAGACCGGCCAGUGGCAGUCAAGCGGAUGCUGCGGUCCUUCUAUGACAUCGCAACGCGCGAGACACGGCUGCUGCGCGAGGUCGAUCUGCACCCUAACGUCAUUCGCUACUAUGCACAGCUGGAGCGCGGCGACUUCAUCUACAUCGCCCUGCAGCUGUGUGAGGCUUCGCUGGCAGACGUUGUCGAGAAGCCGUCGCACUUCCGCACAUUGGCUGAGCUUGGGUCCAAGAACCCGCUUGGAGUCCUGAAGCAGGUCACAAAAGGGCUGGAUCACCUUCAUUCUUUGCAAAUCGUCCAUCGUGACCUGAAACCACAAAACAUUCUCAUCACUACUGAUAUGGACGGCGAGCCUCUCAUCCUGGUGUCCGACUUCGGGCUUUGCAAGAAGCUCGAGAAUGGCCAGUCGUCUCUUGGUGCCACUACGGCCCACAACGCUGGUACUGCCGGCUGGCGAGCUCCAGAGCUCCUACACGAUGAUGACGCCUCAACCGGCCCGAUGCUUGUAGACGCGAGCUCCACGCACAGCGGCACUGCAAGCAGCAGCCAGCAGCAGGGUGAGAACCGACGCCGCGUGACCCGAUCCAUCGACAUCUUCUCACUCGGUAUCGUCUUUUUCUACGUCCUCACGCAGGGCUCACACCCAUUCGACUGCGGCGGCUCCUUCAUGCGGGAGGUCAAUAUCCGCAAGGGCACGUACAGCCUCGAUAGGCUCGAGGUGCUAGGCGAGUACCAGCGCGAGGCCACCCACUUGAUCGAGAAGAUGAUCAGCGCGAAUCCCAAGGAGAGGCCCAAGACCAAGGACAUCUUGGUGCAUCCCUUCUUCUGGUCGGCCGAGAAGCGUGAGGAA